AUGGCGGCUACUACUGCAAGCCGGGGCCAAGCGCCCAUCGAUGCUCCUCCUGCCCCGACUGAAAAUGGUCACACCCAGAUGAAGGAUUCGCGCAGAACAUCUUCCUCUCUGGGUUUCCUUCGCCGUUCCAAGUCAACAGAGCCAAUCGGAGGAAAGUCCCGCAGCAAGAAGAUGUCCAAAGCCCAGAUGGAAGAGGAACUCCGGCGCCAGCGCGAGGCACGGCCCAAACAGCCUCCGCGUCUUCCUGACCUCUCGCCCCCACCGAUCAUUGAAACAUUUGGCGGCGACGAAAACCGUGAGCCUGUUGCUGAAGUCAAGAGCCCUCUCUCACCUACUCAACCCCGUGAGUCUCGCAGCGCAAUGAGUACUCCUGUGCCUCCCGACUAUAACAAUGACCCCUAUGCGCGAACUGAGAGCAUGACACACCGGGGCCGUUAUAGCUAUGCUAGCAGCUAUGUCAGCACUGUCAACAACCCGCGCAGACUACGCCGCCGCAAGGACCCUACGCCGUACAAUGUUCUUGUCAUUGGGGCGCGCAACUCGGGCAAGACUUCGUUCCUUCAUUUUCUCCGCAGGUCGUUGGCCCUGCCGCCGCAUAAACACCCCUCGCGCUCGCCCGAAGAAGUGGAAUAUGAUAGUCAUAAUCCCGCCAGCGAAGGAUAUACUUCCCACUACCUCGAGACCGAAAUCGAUGGCGAGCGUGUUGGUUUGACCCUAUGGGACUCUCAGGGACUUGAGAAGAACGUCGUCGACAUCCAGCUACGUGGUGUUACUGGUUUCCUAGAGAGUAAAUUCGAAGAGACGUUGAACGAGGAGAUGAAAGUCGUCCGUUCGCCAGGAGCCCGAGACACCCAUAUCCACUGUACUUUCUUGAUUCUCGACCCGUCUCGACUGGAUGAGAACAUUGCGGCUGCGGAGAGGGCGGCUCAAGGAACGCCUCGUGCGUCUGAUUCUAAGGUCCUAGGAGUGCUUGACGAGAAUCUCGAUCUUCAGGUGCUGCGAACUGUCAUCGGCAAAACUACCGUCGUUCCGGUGAUUAGCAAGGCCGAUACCAUCACUACCGCGCACAUGGCAUACCUCAGGAGGGCAGUAUGGGACAGCCUGAAGAAGGCCAAUGUUGACCCCCUUGAAGUCCUUACUCUUGAGGACUCGGAGGAAUACACGUCUGAGGAAGAUGAAGAUGAGGACGAAGACGAGGAAGACAUCGAGACCUCGAAAGCUGAAGGAGCCGCUACCGAAGCCAGAGACGGUGAGACAGAGCAGGAAGAGUCCGUGCCCAAGGUGAUAGGAUCCCCAACACAGCACAGUGAGGGCUCCCGCAAGGAUUCCGUUUCUCAAGCGGCUACUCCCCUUCUUCCGUUCUCGAUUCUAUCGCCCGACAAGUACUCCUUGGCGGGCGAUGGCCCCAUCGGACGCAAGUUUCCUUGGGGAUUCGCUGACCCGUACGACCCUGAGCACUGUGACUUCCUCAAGCUCAAGGACUCUGUGUUCAGCGACUGGCGAUCGGAACUGCGUGAGGCUAGUCGUGUUAUCUGGUAUGAGCGCUGGAGAACUAGCCGCCUCAACCGCCACGAUGCCAUUGCUUCGCCGAAGCAAAAGUCGUUUGGCGGUAGAACAGGCCCUGAUUUUGGACGUCGCCUACGGUAA